AUUCCCCAAAAAUAUCCGAAGAAAAUAUCAAUUUAAAAAUAUCCUCAAACUACCCAACCUACCAAUCAGUCUACGCCACGUGAUAGUCGAUAUCUCCUGUAAUUUCAUGGGCUUUAGCCGACCCACAUCUAUCUACGUGGCACGUUACUGUUAAUUUCAUUUCCUGAGUGACCCAAAAUUUUUUAUGUAGUGAGAGAAAAGAUUGAGGUUCAACUGUUCCACCGGAAAACAUGGCGGCACCGCCGUCUUCCUCCGGGAUCAAGCUCUCACACAGCUGCUCCAAAUUCAUCCCAAACCGAGGCGUAUUCUUCAAGCCAACAUUCCGGAAUGCUUCUUGUUUUACCUGCUCUUGCAGUUCCACUCCAGCAGAUAGUGAGAGGAAAACGUCGUCGUCUGUCAGCACAAUCACGAAACCUAAUCGUAAAGUCUACGUCGGAGCUCAAUUUACCGAGCUUUCGAGUAUUGACGAUUCUGAAAUCUCUAAUGUCGGCGGCGGCGCUAAAUCAUGGGGGAACCGAAAAUUUACUUUUGAUGUGGGGUUGGAAAAGCGAGCUUUCUGGAGAAGGAUUUGGUUUGAAUCGAAGAAAGUUCGGAGUAUAAUUCUGCUCAACUGUAUCACAGUUAUUUACGCAAGCAAUAUUCCUGUAGUGAAACAAGUCGAAGCUUAUAUCAAACCCGAAGCCUUUACUAUUGUUCGGUUCUCUUUGGCUGCGCUUUUAUUUUCCCCAUUUGUAUUUAAAGCCAGAGGUGAUAAUAGAACCCGUAAUGCUGGUAUUGAAUUGGGAUUUUGGGUCAGCUUAGGCUAUCUUAUGCAAGCACUUGGACUGCAAACUUCUGGUGCUGGACGUGCAUCUUUUCUUACAAUGUUCACAGUUAUUGUGGUUCCAUUGCUUGAUGGUUUGCUAGGAUCUGAAAUCCCAGCUGUUACAUGGUUUGGAGCCUUCAUGUCUAUUGUAGGAGUUGGCAUGCUGGAAACCAGUGGAGCAGCUCCUUGUGUUGGUGACUUUUUAAAUUUUUCAAGUGCUGUAUUUUUUGGGGUUCACAUGCUAAGAACUCAACACAUUUCGAGAAGUACUCACAAAGACAAUUUCUUAGCUCUUCUCGGAUAUCAGGUAUCUGUGGUUGCUUUUCUAUCAACACUGUUGUAUAUAUUUGGUGCUUCUUUUGGUGGCGACCAAACAUUAAAUCCUUCAUCCUGGACGUGGGCGAAAAUUUCAGACUGGAUGUUAGCAUUUCCAUGGGUGCCAGCAGUUUACACUGGCAUUGUAUCAACUGGUUUAUGUUUAUGGGCAGAGUUAGCAGCCAUGCGAGAUGUUUCAGCCACAGAAACCGCAAUAAUCUAUGGAUUGGAACCACUCUGGGGUGCUGGAUUUGCGUGGUUACUGCUUGGUGAGAGAUGGGGUGUUAGUGGCUGGAUUGGAGCCGCUUUGGUGCUUGGUAAGUAAUCUUCCAUCUGCUUUCUUUUCGACAACUUAUCUAAUUCAUCGUCGAGUACAACAAACUGCAACGGCUUUCUGUUCAACAAACUGCAAUUGUUCCUGAACGUUAUCUCCUCCUAUCUACUGUUUAGAAUUGGGGCCUAACGAUGUCUAAUAUUCAUGUGCUGCUUUUGGUAAAGAGGUUCGUUUAAAAGUGUUCUGUUUCCAGUGUUGGUGAUUCUCUAAGUCUCUGUUCAGAAUAACAGGGUCAUCUUCUCAUCUGGGUAGCAUAUUGACGGUUUGAGAGACAAAGAAUAUGAAAUGCUUUCGCAAAUAUCAAAUGUCCUCUAAGCCAUUGAACUUGUUUAAAGUUAAAGCCUCAUGUUUUAAUUUUAAUUUCUGAGAGCUUCUUGGAGAUUAUUGUCUUAUUUGUAGCUCAAAAAUUUGAGGUCACCUCUAUUACUACCAUAGAUCAUCUGACUCUUAAUGGUCUCACCGAAUGAAUCCAACCUGAUAAAAUAAUCAUUAGGACGGUGCUUAGUAUAUAUCUUACUAAUUUGCUUUUAUUCUGUAGGUGGAAGUUUAAUGGUGCAGAUACAUGGUGCAUCCUCGACAGCAGCAUCUUCAAGAGAUGACAUAUCUGUGAAUACAAAAGAUGAUCUGUUGACUGCAGGCGAUGAAAACUGCUACACUUCCUCUGAAAUUUUUGCUAAUUCUAGGAAGGAGUCACAGAAAUCGCUGAAGAAGCAAAGCUGAUAGUUAUAGUUCGACUUGAGUGCGCCUGUAGAUACCUUUAUAGAGAUUUAUGAACCAGAGUACUGACAACUUCAUCGAUCGCAAUUUUGUUCCGACGAGAAUUUUUCCUGCUUGCCAGGCGGCUGGAUGUAAGAUGGAGGCCUGAUCCUUCAUGUAAAUUUUGUUUGAUAAAAUAAUGAUAAAUUAUCAACUGAAAAUUUACAUGCAUUGGCUUUGAUAUUCCUUUCAGUGGACGGAGACCAUCCAUUAUAACUUGUUACAUGCUACGUUGAUUUCUGAUCGACUAUGUAUGUAAAGAGCUGAAUUAUUCUUUUUUCACGUCUACUGUUUGGUUCUUAACACAUAUUCAUUGGC